AUGUCUUAUGAGGAGUUCCACCACUACUGGACCAACGUUCACGGACGAAUGUUCUUGGAGAUGGACGUGGUUCGGAAACAUUGUUUGAGAUAUGAGCAGUGGCAGGACGACCCGGAAGAGCGCAAGGCCGUCGAGGACGCUUUUGGGAUGGACCACUCGGGCUGGGACGGCCUUGCGGUCUUGACGUUUGACUCCAUCGAGGGCGCAAAGGCUGUCUAUCACGAUCCGGAAUUCGUCAAAUUCGCCACAGAGGAUGAACCGAGGUUCUGUAAAUAUCCCGGUGUGAGCAAGAGAGUCGCCGUGGUGGGAAAGCCUCAUAUCGCUUGGAACAAGGACGACAGCGUCGGCUAUUACGGACAUUGA